CAACGACUAAAUAGUCUAUUGGUAUUUUGGUCAUGUUAGAAUUCUUCACAAUUUGUAAGAGUUUGAAUUACAGGUGAGCGCAUAUUUUUUUGGGGUAUGAGUAGUGAUUGUAUGCAGGUGAUCCCAACAACUAUGUAUAUGCGGGCCAUAUCUCUAUUUACUCUAUCAAGAUUUAUGCAGAGCUGGAGACUUUCGAUGGCGGAGGUCGUGUUGCGUGGCUCGCCUCACGUUCUCUAUCGAAGACGCCCAGCCUUAGUGAGAGCCAUGGCUGCCGAGGCCCGGCGCAAGGUCUCGCACGUGCUCACCGUUGCGGGCUCUGACUCCGGUGCCGGCGCUGGCAUCCAGGCUGACAUCAAGGCCUGCGCGGCUGCUGGUGUUUACUGCUCCUCCGUUGUCACGGCUGUCACCGCCCAGAACACCGUUGGCGUUCAGGGAGUUCAUCCAGUGCCGGAGGAUUUCGUUGCAGAGCAAUUGCGAUCUGUGCUUUCGGAUAUGGAGGUUGAUGUGGUUAAAACAGGCAUGCUCCAUUCUGGUAGUGUCAUUGAAGUAUUAUGCAGUAGCCUAAAAGAGUUUCCUGUUCGAGCUCUGGUGGUUGAUCCAGUCAUGGUAUCUACAAGUGGAGAUAUGCUUUCUGCUCCAUCUACUCUUGCUGUUUAUUGCAACAAACUUCUUCCAUUGGCUGAUAUAGUGACCCCAAAUUUGAAAGAAGCUUCUGCACUACUUGGUGGAUGCUCACUGAAAUCAGUGGCUGAUAUGUAUUCUGCUGCAAAAUUGAUACAUUCCCUGGGCCCUAGAAAUGUGCUUGUAAAAGGUGGUGAUCUUCCAGAUUCAUCCGAUGCUGUUGAUGUGUUCUAUGAUGGAGAAAAGUGCCAUGAGUUACGUGGAUCCCGUGUGGUGACUCGUAAUACACAUGGGACUGGCUGCACUCUUGCUUCAUAUAUUGCAGCAGAACUAGCAAAAGGUUCUCCAGUGAUGCAAGCUGUUCAGAGAGCCAAGAGCUACGUGGCGAGUGCUCUUUGUUACAGCAAAGAUCUUGUCAUUGGGAAUGGACCUCAAGGACCUUUUGAUCACUUAAUGAAGCUCAAGAACCAUGUCUCUGGUUUAGCUCAGAAACCACUAUUCAAUCCUGAUGAUCUGCUGUUAUAUGCAGUCACAGACUCUGGAAUGAAUAAGAAGUGGGGACGUUCCAUUACUGAUGCAGUUAAAGCUGCCAUUGAGGGUGGCGCAACAAUUAUCCAAUUGAGAGAAAAAGAAGCUGACACGCAAGACUUUGUAGAAGCGGCCAGGUCAUGCUUGGCAAUUUGCAGGCCCUGCAAUGUGCCAUUACUUAUCAAUGACCGAGUUGAUGUUGCACUUGCUUGUGAUGCUGAUGGUGUGCAUGUUGGCCAGUCCGAUAUGCCAGCUCAUCUUGUCCGCUCGCUUCUGGGUCCACGAAAGAUCGUUGGAGUCUCAUGUAAGAACCCGGCUCAAGCCGAGCAGGCCUGGGCUGACGGUGCAAACUACAUUGGUUGCGGCGGUGUUUUCCCAACCAGCACAAAGGCCAACAAUCCAACUGUUGGACUGGAUGGAUUAAGGACUGUUUGCAUGGCUUCCAAGCUCCCAGUGGUUGCCAUUGGUGGCAUCAGCGUUGGCAAUGCUCGUUCAGUCUUAGAGAUCAGUGUUCCAAACUUGAAAGGGGUUGCAGUUGUGUCUGCUCUUUUCGAUCAAGAAUGCAUUGCCACGGAAACACGCAGGUUGAGAUCCAUAUUAUCAGAUGUGCUGAGGACAUGACAAUGAACAAACGAAGCUUUUGAAAUCAAUAAAGCUUUUAAUUAUUGUUACUUCUUGAAUUGAAUUCAGUGAUUGAAUUUAUUUUAACGUAUGUCAUGUUUAGUUACUCUAAAGCGUCUGUUAUAUAAAUAUUAACUACUAAAUUUGAAUGGUUAACCAGA